GAUACCCGAUGCACCUUCUGGGUGUCAGGACUGGACGGGUGCAAAAUGGGCUUCUCAACCUGGUUCGGUGGAGUUGACCUUCAGGGGGACCGCGGUAUACGCUUAUGGGCAUUUCGACCACUGGCAGAGUAUCUACAUUGUCAACUUGGACAGUGACCCCCCGGUUCGUCUAGGCGAGCAGGAACGCACCGCAGAGCAAUUGUGCGAUCCACUGUACAGCAAGUCGGGUCUCUCACCCGGCGAACAUACCAUCAAGAUCUUGCUCACAGACGAGGGGGUUGUUCAAUCCCAGGAGGUCGUCUUCCAUGGCUUCAUUGUCACGGUUCUGGAUGGUGGUGAUGAAAAUACGUCGGGUGGUAACCCAACCGCGACUACCACUGGCAGUGGCAGUGGGUUCAAUCCCACUGCUGCUAUCCAGAGCGGUAUCAACCAAGUCCUUGGGAAUGGUGCCUCCUCUAUGCAAGUCCGCCUGGGCGUUCAUGCUUCUGGUACCGUCGCCGCUUUAAAAUUUUCGAUUUCGGGAGAGGACUACUGA